AGAAUGCUUCCUGCCAUUGUGUUUCUACAAUUUUUGCUCACCUGUUAUGGAGAAGAAUUUUUUGUCUAUCCAACUCUACUGCAACGGCGGGCUGCUACGUCAAACUUAGUCCUUCAUAUUAAUGACAAGAUAAUACUGAAUCUUGAGAGGAGCUCCGUGCUGGCGGAUGAACUGCGUUUCAUUACGACCAGUGACCAAGGGAACGAACUCGACAUGGUAGACACAUCUUCUAUCCAAGAGAGCCUGUACCACGACACACAUCACCAAUCCUCUGUUAGAAUACGCGAGCAAGACGGCUUUGUGCAAGUCGAGGGUGUGAUCAACAGCAAGCUGAGGAUAAAGCCACUACCUGAAAGUGAAAGGUCAUCGCAAGGUCGGUUGCUCCACAAGGUAUAUGAAGUGCACGAGAGACAAGAAGGAUCUUUCAGGGAAGGUCAAGUGCUUGAGCGUUUCCAAAACGAUGACCAGAAUAAUAGGCGUCGCCACAAGUCUCAAGAGCAAUGA